AUGGGCGAUUCAUCCGCAAGGCAACCUGCCGUCGAUGCCUCUGCUCCUGGUACAGCAACGCCACAGGCAGCAUCAAACCCCGCGGCGCCCUCCGUUGAAGCAAUUUCAGCCCUAGGAAACGAGCAACUUGAGAUUGAUGACGACGCCACGAGUGAUUUGGCUUCCACGAUCGACGAGCGCAUUUCACAAUAUACUGCAUCUCUAUCUUCAAGCAUUAUCGACUACCCCGUUGAAUAUGGCCGUCGAUACCACGCGUUUCGGCCGGGCAGUUACGCCUUUCCUAACGAUGAGCGUGAGAUGGAUCGCCUCGACAUGGCGCAUGCUUUGAUAGUCAAAACAAUUGGAAGUAGACUUUACCUGGCGCCAAUCCAAAAAGAUGAAGUCCGGAGGAUCCUGGAUAUCGGCACCGGAACGGGAAUCUGUACCUUCGUGGCUAACGCCAUAAUAGGGGCAGUAGAAAUGGGCGACAUCUUCGAGAACGCAGAGGUCAUUGGAAACGACCUGAGUGCCAUUCAGCCUGACUGGGUUCCGCCCAACGUCAAAUUUGAGAUCGAUGAUGUGGAGAGCUCCUGGGUUGGACACCAAAAGUACGACUUCAUCAUGUGCAGAUACAUGGCAGCCUCAAUCAAGGAUUGGCCCAAGCUUGUGAAAAAUAUUUACGACAACUUGAACCCUGGAGGCUGGGCAGAGUUCCAAGACGUAACCAGCGAGUGGUACUCCGAGGAUGGCACACUUAGCGACAAGAGCUUCGCAUGGAACUGGAACAGAACUCUUGGUCAAGCCUGUCGGGAUAUCGGACGUGACCCCAGCCCAGGAGCGAAGCUGGAAGGUUGGGUAAAUGACGCUGGCUUUCAGAACAUUUUUCACCAGAGAUUCAAGACUCCGCUUGGCUUUUGGCCUAAGGAUCCGUAUUAUCGGGAAAUAGGAAUGCUUAACAUAGCUCAACUCUUGGAUGGGCUGGAAGGGUUCACGUUGAAGUUGUCCUGCAACGUUCUUGGGCGAACAAAGGAGGAGACUCUAGUACAAAUUGCCCAAGUGAGAAAGGAGCUGAAGUCUGGUUCUAUGCACAUCAUAUACGAUACUCAUGUUGUCUAUGGGCAGAAGCCUCUGGAAGAGACUGAAGAAUGA